AGGAGGCCGGAUCAGCGACAGACGCUAUGACGACAGUUGUGGAGUCUACGAAUCUAGCCAAAGAGAGCACUGACACCGUUGUCCGCAACAUGCAAGAGGAGGAGGAACGAACUCGAUUGGAAGCAGAACGCAAGAAGGAGGAGGAGCUGCGACUGGAGGAGGAACGAAAGAAGAAGGUUGAGGCAGCUGUCGCUGCAGCCUCCUUUGACCAGCUUGACACCAACAAAGAUGGGGUCAUCACCCGAGAGGAGUUCCAAGACUUCGUGCAGAAGGUUCAAAACGAGACCAGUGGCACCCUGGUGGAAGAGGCUCGAAAUCUGAUUGUCACUGCAGCGGAGGAUGGCCGAUUGGAGGAGUACCUGAAGAAAGAGUGCCCGAAGGAUUCUGAUGAUUCUGUCCUUCCAGCAGAAGCUGAGGCCUCACAGACUUCGCAAUCUCUCCAGGAUGAGGAUCCCGAAACCAUCCAAGAGAGAGUGAACGAGGUGUUGGAGGAAAACAGCAGACUGCGCUCCGAGAACGAAGCCCUGCGGGUGGAGCUGGAGCAACUGAUGGCCCUGACAGUGACUCCAGACAUGACGCCCCCGCAGACAGGAAAUCGAUGAGGAAAGCAGCCCCUGUCAUGGCAUCACUGACGGUGGUUGCGUUGGAGCUGUUCGCUAGAGGAACUCCUGGAAAUUUGCUGCUUAACCAAAG